CACAUAUACCUCGUGUGAGCUUUGAACUGAAGCCUUCGAUACUUGUUGCCACUUUAUUUCUCAUAUAUAAUAGAUCAUAGUCAUGGCUAUUCAUCACUUCCACCCUUCAAAAUUAAACAACUAGCUUUGAAAGAAAAUGGGUAGAGCUCCAUGCUGUGAGAAACUAGGGUUGAAGAAGGGGCCAUGGACCCCAGAAGAAGAUCAAAUCCUCAUCAAUUAUAUCAACACAAAUGGUCACAAUAAUUGGCGUGCCCUUCCCAAACAAGCUGGGUUAUUGAGGUGUGGAAAAAGUUGCAGAUUAAGAUGGAUAAAUUAUUUGAGGCCAGAUAUCAAACGGGGCAACUUUACCAAUGAAGAAGAAGAGACAAUACUCAAGUUACAUGAAAUGUUGGGAAACAGAUGGUCAGCAAUUGCAGCAAGAUUGCCGGGUCGCACAGAUAACGAGAUUAAAAAUGUUUGGCACACCCACUUGAAGAAAAGGUUGCCCCCACAAGAAAACAACAACAUUAAGAGCACAAAGAAGCCACGUCCAAAACAAAAGAAGAAGUUGGAAAUUACCAAAAAGUCCAACAAAACCUCAUCAAAACAAAAACAAGAAAAAGAAGAAGAGGAACCCAUCAUCAAAAUUGAGGGAAGGACAAUGAUGUCUCCUAAUACACAGUGUUCAAGCAGUAGUAAUAAUAAUAAUAAUAAUGAUGGUGUGUCAAUGAACAAUUCAAGUGGUGGUGAAUCGAUUAAUAAUGAUGGUGAUGGUAAUAAGGAUGAUAAUUUGGCAUUGGACGAGGAGUUUUGGUCUGAAGUUUUGUCAUCGGAUAAUUCGUAUGAUGAGGAUGCAAGAAAAUUUGAGGACAUUGAAUUUGGUGACUUAGAUUUGUUCCACUUUCCGUUGUUAUCUUCAUCAGCAUCAACUGUUGCAUGUGAUGGCAUGGAUUCUUGGUAUGAUUUUUGCACAAAAUCUUUGGAAUUGCCACAAUUGUGAUGUUACCUAAAUGGGGUUGCCCCUCAUUAUUUGUAAUUCGUUCUAUUCAAUGAAAAUUAAAAAAAAAAUCCUCCUUUGGAGUUACUCUUCUUCUUA